AAUAAAUAAAGUUAAAAAGAAAUAUAAAUAAAAAGAAACUAAAAAAAAGAAAAAGAAGAAAAUAUAAAAUACAAGUAGGAAGUUUGUAAAAAAAUGGCGCACUUUUAAGAUAAUAACUCAGACAAUAGCUCAAACUCAGAUAAUGAGAGCUAAGAGGAACAAAAGGGAGUUGACAAUAGAAGAAUGUUAGCAAACGAACUUUUCGAUUCCGAUAGUGACGAAGACGUUAAGAGAGUUGUUUUGAGCGAAAAAGAUAAGAGAUACAUGAAAUUGAAGGAAACAAUAGCAAACUUGAAAUAGAACGUCGAAAGAUAGAAUUUUGCAAAUGUCGAUGAUCUUUUCGACACUUUACUUAAGGAUUUUGAAAAAUCAAGAAAAAUCAUAGAUGAACAUGGUAUUCCCAGCUUUUUCAUUAGAGCAAUCUACCGUCUCGAAGAUAAAAUUAAAAAUUUUACUACUGAAGAAAAGAAGAAAUUAUCAUAAGCAAAUAGCAAGGCUAUGAAUGCCAUUCAUCGUAAGAUUACUAAAAUUUAAUCAGAUAUCAAGGAAGGUCUUAAAAAGUUUGCAGAAAACCCUACUGUUACAACUGAUGAAGGCAGUGGUGAAGAAAAAACUGAUAGUGAUUUUAAAUCUGACAGCUCAAAUGACUCUAUCCAUCCCUUAGAAUCUAAUGAUCCUAUGGUUAGAAGAUAGUUUUGGCUUCUUAAAAAGAAAAAAGAUUCUGAAAGCGAUGAUGAAGACAAGGAUAAAGAUAAAGAAGAAGAUAAAGAAGUAAAGCCUAAAGUAUAAAGAGUUCACGAAUUCAAGGUAGCUGAAGUUGAAACUGAAAGACAAGUUCAAAUUGAUCUUACAUACGAUGGAAGAACUAACACUUUAGCUGAAUUCGUUGCAAAAAGAACUUAAAAGGACUUCGACUAGAAGUAUUGCUAUCAAGUAUUGAAGGCUUACUUACAACACUAUUUAAGCUAAGAAGAUUAAGCUCCUCAUGUUGAAAUUAUUACUGAAUUAAUUAUGAUCCUUAUUCCUAUUACUGUCGACUAUUCAUAGAAGCUUUGGAGUACUUUGCACUCCAGUCCUAGCUGCAUGAGCAGAGAUAUGUGGUUGGAAACUUACUCCAAUAUUUUAGAAUUACUUAAAAUAUUAUAAAAAACUGAAAACAGAACUAAAUAAUUCCAACAUUACAACAAGCAAGAUGAUAACAAAUUUUAUACUUAAUAAAAGAUUAACGAAUCCAUCUCCACUUUCUUUAACACUGUUGUUACUGAACUUAACAAGGCUUUUUACAGCACUGAAACUCAAUCUGAAGAAUAAUAUAACAGAAUUUCAGAUUUGUAUGAUUUAUUGAGAUUAAGUGAAAAAGUACAACACUUCUACUAUGAAUUAUUAAAUGAAAAUGUUUAGGAUUUCAACGAAUAAUUAAAUAAGAUCAAGAAAGAUGUUUAAUUAAAUGAAAAAGUUCAAAAUUUCUACGAAUAAGUUAAUACAACUGCUAUUAAUACCAAAGAAACAAAAUCCUAAUUGCAAUAAUAAAAAAGAAUCCAAGAUCUCGAUAAUUUAUUGAGAUUAUGUGAAAACUUGCAACAACUCAACCUUAACGAUCAAUAAAACGAAAAGUUGCAAAAUUUCUAUCAAUAAUUAAAUGAACAAGUUCAAUUUUUCCAUCGUUAAAUUAAACAAAACAUCAGCAUUACUACCAGAAUUGCUUUCUUGAGAUUAGAAAAUAUGUACUAUAUCCAUGAUUCCAUCUUAGCCAAGGUUCGUGAAUCUGAUAAGUAAACAUAUGAAAACGGAUCUUAUUUCAACAAGCAAUAAGACACCGAAUCUAUCAUUCACUACCUUGCUACUCUUGUCUACAAAUAUGACUAAUCUAAUACAACCAAAGCUAUCCUUUACCACAUUUAUCACCAUGCCAUUCACGACAGAACUUAAGUUGCCAGAGAUUACCUCCUCAUGUCUAAAAUUACUGAUAACGUUAACAACAUUGACUCCAUCCUUUAGAUUUUCUACAAUAGAGUUUUGGUUCAAUUAGGUUUAGCUUAUUUCAGAUAAGGUAUUUUCACUGAAGCCUUCACCUUCCUUAAUGAUUUAUGCAGUCAAUCUGGUAAGAUUAAGGAAUUAAUUGGUCAAUCACAUUUGAGAUAUUCUUCUCAAAGUGACAAGAGAAAGGUUCUUCCUUAACACUAUCACAUUAAUGUUGAAAUGAUUGAAAUAGUUAACUUCAUUUGCUCCAUGCUCAUUGAAGCUCCUAUUAUGGUCUAAGAAACUCACAGCAAGAAUGUUUAAGCUCGUAACUAUCGUAGAUUGCUUGAUUCCUACUCAAAAUCUCAUUACAUAUCACCUCCUGAACAAAACAGAGACUUAAUCUUCUACGCUACUAAAGAAUUAUAAAAGGGAUCAUGGAAGGCUUGCUAUGAUUACCUCACCAAAAUGACUGUCUGGAGAUUUAUGACUGGACUUCAAUAAACUUUAGAGAAUUUAAUGCUUAGAAUCAAAGAACAAUCUUUCAAGAGUUAUUUAUUCCAAUUUAAGAACACAUUUGACAAUUUAAGCUUAAACAAUCUUGUUGAGAAGUUCUAAUUAGAUGCUCAAUCUAUCAAAUCAACUACUUUCAAGAUGGUUUCUGCUUAAGAAAUAAAUGCUCGUAUACAUACAAUUGAAAACUAACUUUAUAUUAUUUUCGAACACUCUGACAGAACCAGUUUAUAAGGCUUAAGCAAUAAAUUAAUAGAAACAGUCAACUAAUCUCAACUUCAUAACCAAAGAAUCUUAGAUAAGAAGAUUGGUACCAUAGAAUCUUAAUAAUAAUAAGAAGAUUAAAACGAAAACCCCUAAAAAUAAUAACAAAAAGCAGAUGGCAAGAUCACUAAAAAGAAACUUAACCUUGGUGCUAACAAGCCUAGACCCAACAAAAAGAAAUAUUGA